UAAAUCAGGGAUCUAAAGAUGCACAAUCAACCCCGCUGUCGUCCCGUCCCCCGUCCCCCCCAAGUUUGCAGUUAGAGAUUCAUCCGCAAAUGCAGAAAUCUCAUGCUGAAUUCUCCUCCCUACCUCCUCAGAUUCAGAUUUCCUACACAUGGAUUUCACUCGCAUUGCAAAGCUGGCCCUGCAGGAAUUGGUGCUAUGACAGGCAAACUCGUGGAGAAGCUGCCGGGGACCAUGAACACUUUGAUGAACCAGUUGCCUGACAAUCUGUACCCAGAGGAGAUCCCCAACUCUCUGAAUAUCUUCUCCAGCAGCAGCGAGUCAGUGGCUCACUACAACCAGAUGGCUGCAGGGCUUUCCUUCGCUUCUCGGGGCUGUAGUGGGGAGUGGAAGCUGCCAGACAGAGAGGUGGCAGAGAAUGUUAUGGAUAUUGGAUUAGCGAACGAAAAGACCAACCAAGAGCUGUCGUCCUAUUCGGGUUCUUUCCAACCCACCCCUGGCAACAAGACUGUUACCUACCUGGGGAAAUUUGCUUUCGAUUCCCCGUCCAACUGGUGUCAGGAUAAUAUUAUCAGCCUCAUGAGCGCUGGGAUUCUGGGGGUGCCCCCUUCCUCCAGUGCCAUCACCAGCACCCAGACCUCUACAGCCAGCAUGGUGCAGAACCAGGGAGAGGUGGACCAGAUGUACCCUGCGCUGCCCCCCUAUUCCACCUGCAGUGACCUCUACCCGGAGCCAGUGUCCUUUCACGACCCCCAAAGCAACCCAGGGCUCACCUAUUCCCCCCAGGAUUACCAAGCAGCCAAGCCAGCCUUGGACAGUAACCUCUUCCCCAUGAUCCCAGACUAUAACCUCUAUCACCACCCCAACGAGAUGGGCACGCUCACUGAACACAAACCCUUCCAGAGUUUGGAUCCCAUUCGGGUCAACCCUCCCCCCAUCACCCCGCUGGAGACCAUCAAAGCCUUCAAGGACAAACAGAUCCACCCCAGCUUCGGCAGCCUCCAGCAGCAGCCCCUCACCCUCAAGCCCAUCCGGCCCAGGAAGUACCCCAACCGGCCCAGCAAAACCCCGCUCCACGAGCGACCCCACGCGUGCCCGGCCGAGGGCUGCGACCGGCGCUUCUCCAGAUCCGACGAGCUCACGAGGCACCUGAGGAUCCACACGGGCCACAAGCCCUUCCAGUGCCGCAUCUGCAUGAGGAGCUUCAGCCGCAGCGACCACCUUACCACCCACAUCCGCACCCACACGGGCGAGAAGCCCUUCGCCUGCGAGUUCUGCGGGCGCAAGUUUGCGCGCAGCGACGAGCGCAAGAGACACGCCAAGAUCCACCUGAAGCAGAAGGAGAAGAAGGCCGAGAAGGGCUCCUCUUCCUCCUCCUCCUCCCCGCCAGUGUCCUUGGCCCCGGUGGUCACCACCUGCGCAUGAGGCUCCCGCCCCGAUCCCUGGUCCCAGUGCCUCCCAAUUGCUGCCUUUAGCAAAAGCGCAAACAUGGGGAUCCCUCACCAAGGAACAGUUGGCAGUGCGCGCACCUCCCCUCCCGUCCCCGCUUCGUGGGGACUUCGCUUUCAAUCGGAUCGUCUUGAUCCGAAUCGGCUGUGGGAGGGGCGGGGGAGCCCCCCACUUCUCCCAGCGGAGCGUAGUGGGGAGCGGGUGAGGGGUUGCAGGGCUGUGAUGUGCCAGCUGUGGAAAGGCAUGCGGUGCGAGCGAGGGUGGUGGUGACGGUGUCGGGGAAGCUCCCCGCUCCGAAUAUGCGCGCCCCCUUCCUCCCCCCCUCACUACUCAUUGGAGGUGGUGGGGGGAGCACCAAAGCGCAGUGCUUGUUGCCCGUUGAGACUGUGCGUCCCUGUGUGUGUAUGUGACUCUGAGCUGAACUGGGCUGCUUCGGCGUCAAACCACCCCCAAAGGACUCUGGACAAUGGAGAGAACCAAGCCACCUCUUGGACAUAGUGGGGACCUUGGGUAUCAUUGGAAUGGGUGGCCUUCCAUCUGAUCUAAAUGUUUCUUACAGAAAUGCCUAGGAUGCUGCUGCUGCUGCUGCUUCUGGUCUCCUGCCCCCCUCCUCUUGGAGCCGCUUCCUUUAUGUUUUCCUGGUCUCUUCACUACUUGUCUUCGAGGCACUUCCUCUGAUGUGCUGGAGAAGGGAUAUGGCUUGGGAUCAGCUCUUGGCUGCUCCAGAUUUAUCUUCAUGGGUUUAUUUUUUAAACCGAUUUCCUUUACAGGUUCAUCCUCUGUCUCCUUCCCCCUCACCUCUUCCACCCAAAGUAUCCUCCCUUCUGGAAGGAAGAAAGAAAGAGGCAAUCCCCCUAAAUUACACCAUUUCACUCCACUUGGUGUUUUAGUUCAUGUCACAUUUAGUAUGAAAACCCUUGGGAAGAGGGGGAGAAACAUCUUUCUCCCUUUCAUCUGGAUGAGAAGAGGUUGUUGCCAUUUCUGUUCUUGUUACCAUCUCUACAGCAGUUCUGAAUUAAAAUAUAAUAAAAAAUAUAUACAGUAUGUAUUUGUUAAUGUCACUAUUGGCUUUCUAGUACAGUACCAACCAUAUAUAAAGGUAUAUAAGUA